UUGCUGGCUGCACAGUCUGCUCAUAGCCAAAGGACCCCUCUCACACCGAUCCAAGCUUUAAACCUGACCUUUUCCCUGGAAAACUCAGACAUUCUUCCACAGGACCUUAUUGCUCAAACCUAAAGGUAACUACUAAUCCUUUUACCAAAGGAGAGGACACUCAGGAGCAACAGGACUUUAACCUAGUCAUCAGCGCAUCGAUAGUGUUUUCAUCACUGCCAAGGCCUGCUUGGGAACAGCAGCUCUGCAGAUUCCAGCCACAAAUAUGACUCAAAGCAAUGGAGAGAAUCCACAAAGGAGCCGCAGUGGUCUUCACCAAAUCCGAGCCGGGAUCCAGUCCAGGUCGUUGCUCGCCAAGAAGAGAAUGGAGAACAUCAAGAAGGACGAAGUGAAGGGGUUCUUCAUGAAAAAUGCUUUUGUCAUUCUAACCAUCAUUGCUGUCAUUACAGGUAUAAUCCUGGGAUUUUCUCUGCGUCCAUACAAACUGUCUUACCGUGAAGUGAAGUACUUCUCCUUUCCCGGAGAGCUGUUGAUGAGAAUGCUCCAGAUGCUGGUGCUGCCACUGCUAGUCUCAAGUCUUAUCACAGGUAUUGCCUCCCUGGAUAGACGGGCUUCUGGUAGAAUGGGCAUGAGGGCAGUGAUCUACUACACUACCACAACUUUGAUUGCUGUGUUCAUCGGUAUAGUCAUGGUGCUUAUUAUUCACCCUGGAAAGGGAUCCAAGGACGAGUUCACCAAGCAGCAACAGAUAGAGCAGGUCAGCCCUGCUGAUGCCUUUCUGGAUCUUAUCAGAAACAUGUUUCCUCCAAACCUUGUGGAAGCUUGCACCAAACAGUUCAAGACGCAAUAUGCCAAGAGAGUAAUCAAUGUGACUGUUACGGUGAACAACACAAUAUUCCUCCAAAAUGGCAGCCAACAAAUAGCCCAAGAGGAGAUGAUUCCAGUACCAGGAUCAGUGAAUGGGAUUAAUGCCCUGGGCUUGGUGGUGUUCUCCUUGUGCUUUGGUCUGAUCAUUGGGAACAUGAGGGAACAAGGACAACCCCUCAGAGACUUCUUUGACUGCCUCAAUGAGGCCAUCAUGAGGCUAGUUGCCAUCAUAAUGUGGUAUGCCCCUGUUGGUAUUUUGUUCCUCAUUGCUGGUAAAAUUGUGGAGAUGGAUGACAUUUCAGCCAUGGGCGGCCAACUGGGAAUGUAUACAGUAACAGUUAUUAGUGGCCUGCUCAUCCACGCCAUCAUAGUCCUCCCAACGCUGUACUUCGUUAUCACCAGAAAGAAUCCCUUUCUAUUCAUUGCUGGACUGCUGCAAGCUCUUGUUACUGCCCUUGGAACAUCGUCUAGCUCUGCCACAUUACCCAUCACUUUUAAAUGCCUGGAGGAAAACAACAAGGUAGACAAGCGUGUGACUCGUUUUGUUCUCCCUGUCGGAGCCACCAUAAAUAUGGACGGAACAGCUUUAUAUGAGGCCCUGGCAGCCAUCUUUAUUGCACAAGUCAAUGAUUAUGACCUUAACUUUGGACAGAUUCUCACCAUCAGCAUCACAGCCACAGCAGCCAGCAUCGGUGCAGCUGGAAUACCUCAGGCAGGCCUGGUUACCAUGAUUAUAGUACUAACAUCUGUAGGUCUUCCCACAGAUGACAUCUCACUGAUCAUUGCUGUUGAUUGGUUCCUUGAUCGAUUGCGCACCACUACCAAUGUCCUUGGUGACUCCAUUGGAGCUGGCAUUGUAGAACAUUUGUCUCGCCACGAGUUGAGAGUCAACGACCUAGAGUUGGGCAACCAGACGAUUGACCAGCCAGAAAAAAAGCCAUACCAUCAAAUUUCCCCAGAGAAUGAAUAUGAAAAUGAGAAGCCCACUCCAGAUGACACUAAAAUGUAGUGGCAAGAUUUCUACCCUUUCUUUCUGAAAAUGUAUUGCGUUGUACUGCAUCAUAUUGUCUGAUAAGACCUCUUGAAUUCUCACAAGAAAGUUUGUUUUUUUCAAUGCACUUAUAUGUCAUGCCUGAACAUAUUUCAGGCCAAAUAAGCUCUACUAAUGUGUGAUGCUCCUCUUUUCACCCUGCAGACUGGAAACAAUCUGUGGUCAAGUUGGCUGUGCAGAUGGAUACACUGAAAAAAAAAAAGUCUGUAAUUUAUGGUAAAAUACUGGCAACUAAAUUUUAACCACCACUGCCAGCAUUUUACCAUAAAUUAGAGACAUUUUUUACAGUGUAGAACAAAAAUCCAUAAUGAGAUACAUAACUAGAAUAGCCUGGCUGCUGUUUAGCUAUCUGUGGCCUUCAUUCUAUAUUUCCCACUUCGCUAUAUGUAAUGACCAUCGUCAUUCACUAGAGGGAGGUAUUUCUGUUAUUUUAAACUCUUAAAUAAUACGUACGUAGCUCAUCAGAGUACAUAGUAAUGACUGCUUUGAGAUUGUUGUUGAGUAACUGCUGAUUUAUAUGAAAUCUUAAUGUAUAGCUAUAGUAUGCUAACUUACCAAACUCUUUGUGGAAAAAGGUUGUUUUUUUUUCAAACCCCUGCACAAACACAUGUGGCUUCAACUGCUUUGUACAUAUUUUAGAUUUAUUAGGGAGGGUACGCUCUAUAAUUAGGAAUAUAUUGAUUUGGGUCUCAACUGACCAAAGCAGUAAGUGUUGCUGUAGUCGUAAUAGAAACUAUAUUUUUUUGUACACAUAACCAGAAUUAGAUUUUAUCAAAUACCCUAUGAGUGUGUUUUUGUUAUACAGCUUCCUCAACCAGUGGUUACAGUCAACUAAUACAAAACUGCUCAGCCAAUCAUAUUCAAGGUCAAUUUACCUGACUUUGCUUAGUAUGUUAUGGAUUAUUAACCCAAGAGGUAAAGCCAUUCAUGUUUUACCAAAAAUAAAACAAAAGAAAGCAUAAUUUCAAUCUAAAUUUACUCAAAUAUGUAAAUAAUCCAAAGACUACAGUGAUGUUUUGUAGAAAACACGCUUUAAGCUUUUAUUUCUCAGAUUAAAUAAGAACACAAAAUUUGGGGCAUUUCAAAGAUGAAAGGUGUCUUUCUUUGUGUGCUAUUUACUUUGCAAUUUUGUUUUACAAAUUACCAGCUUGUGUCUUCUCAAUAUGUGAUAAUAUGAUGCAACAUAAAUGCAUGAAAGUUUCAUCAUAUUUCAAUGGCUUUGAAUAGCAAGGAGAUGGUAGAAUAUAUAUAAAAAAAUAUUCUGUGUUGCAUCUAUUUUCAAGCUCAUGUUUCUCAGCAAAAGCUGAUAGUGAUUUUGUCUGGUUUAACUAUGCUCCCUGUUAAACACAUUCAUUUUCAGCUGCAUUUUUAAUUUGUCUGACUUGCUGUUUCUUCAUCUACUCAUUGAAUAUAUGGAUUUGCAUUUUUAUAGUAGAUAUUUUGUAUAGAAGAUCAUUUCAGAAAUAGUGUACUUUUAUGAAGACCUGUAGAUAAAUGUGUAAAAGAAUUUUGGAUUCAAAUUGCUAUGUAUGUGUUUUUUGAGGAUUGUAUAAAUACAGAAAAUGUAACUACAUUCUUCUUUAGCCUUAUGACCAAUUUGUAAUUACAUUAAACACUCAAGGGAAUUGAAAGGUUUGUUUGUUUACAGUUGCUGAUGACUCAUUUGGUACAAAUGCUUCUUCUCAUGCUUUCACUUGUAAACAUAUUUGAUUAGAUAGCUGUAGUUCUGACUUGCAUGUCAUAUUUUUAUUAAAAAUAUAAAUGAGCAAAUAA